AUUUAAGAAAAUAAAAUAACAAUAGCUGAGCUAAUCUCAACCUAAAUUGUUGAAAAUUAGCAAAACAUUUUCCCUCCAAAACUGUUCUUGAGAUGUCACGGGGGCAGCCAUUUUGAAAUGAGCAGGAAAAGCCCUUCUACUGCCUCUAGUGGAACGAUAACGUACUGCACAGCAGGAAACAUGGAAGUCGCAUACAAUGGGUUUUUAAGGAAAGUUUUGGUUAUGCUAAUGAGAUAGGGGUCUCAGAAUGUAUCAAAUAGGAUACAAAUGGUUAGACAGGAUUAACAUAACACUUUUUUUAAUCCAAUAUUUUUGCAGCGUUGUUCAUGUGAGUAUUGAUUCUAAAAUCAAUAGUUAAGAACUAGUUAAGAACAACUAAAACUUGAACUGGUGUUUGAAACGACUUUUACAGAAAUGAUCACUGUUGGGAUAGACCGGCGACUCAUCAAGGGUACCACCACCCUAAUGCACACCUGGCACGAGGGAUGGGACAGAGUAGUCAGACUGUAGCUCCGCCCCUUAGAGGCUCGUCUACUCCUGGGGUCACCAUGUCUAACGUAAAGCCCUCAGAGUCUUUGACAUUCGUUCGACUAACCAAACUCUUCAACCAUUUACACAAUUCGCGUCAGUCCAGCGGAUACUGAAGCGAAGAAAAGCCUCUUAGCGAUGUUAUGUUUAUUGGUCAAAGGGCUUGUUUGUCCAGUGUUCAACCCUCCAGGUUAGACACCUUCUGUCCAGUGAAAACUCAACAGAAAGAUUCGGUCACGGAAAUUGAGAGACACUCUGACCCUGGACACCAGUGGAGAAAUCCAUGUUAGGGGGGAUGUAAAAAAACCCCGAAUAGGCUCAAAACUUUCCUCCCUAUCCAACCCCAAAUACUAAUUCGACUGCGUUAGUCGCCGGAUACUCCAGUUUAACUUGAACCAUCACUGAUUGAUCUACUUUUCAUAGAUAUUCAUGAAGCUACGUUCUUCUGAAAUACUGGCUUUAAGAUCAGAAAGGUCACAAAUACUUUAUCUUCUAUUAAUAGUGUUAUUUUUUUUAUUUUAUUUUUUUUAGAGAAAAUGAAAUAUUUCAUCUUCAACUUUUAACUUUUCCUCCUUAAAGUCAAAGCAGCGUUUCUGUCUCUUGAGUAAUUGUUGGUAUUACGGUGGAGUUCAUGGGGGGGUUGAAGCUGCUAAUGGAAUCCCUAAAUAUCCAUAAUUGCUGCUUCUUCUAUUCCUUGAAUUUGAAGGUUUGUAUCUACCCUGUUUUUUUUUUUGGGCAUUGAAAGCUCUUAUUUAAACUCAUUUCCUUUUUUUAUUUUUAUUUUUUAUGUAUCCUUACAUUUUUCUCUGCGAACAAAAAUUCCCGGACUGGUAUCCUUUGCGAAGUUUUUCGUGCAUCUGAAGAGAUUCUUGAUCUCUUAUUUUAGGGACGUUUGUGUCACUAUAGGAACCAUACUUAUUUAAAGUCAUUAGAGACUUCAAGUUAAAAAUUUCUUCUUCAGGAUUUGGUUUGGAAAAAAAUAUAUAUAUAUAUUUUCCGAACGUUUGUUUAGCCUUAAUGUCGCUGGAGUGUAACAGAUGCUUCUUAGAGUUUAAGGACAUUUUGUCCCUCUUUAAUUGCGGCUCAUUUCAGGUGAAGGACGCAUGUUUUUGGUUUAAAUCUGCCUCUUGUGGAGCAUUUGGUCGCUGAGUAGAUGCUAUAUUUUUAAAGCUGUGGGCGAUGCCGCCGUGUGUGGGAUCCUGAAGAGUUCACCUUUUGAUCUUUGAUGCAUGUUCAUCUGUUUAAUGUUUUUUUUCAGUAUUUGUGAUCAAAAUGUCCUUUUUGUUCUCCAAGAUCGACAAAGAUUUCCAAGUUUUGAACAUAAAUUCUAUAAAUUCUACUAGAGUGAUGCUUUAUUUGGCGUUUGAAUUUGGUGUAAAUUGAAAUAAUCAAAAGACAUAAAGAUUUUCUGAAUCUUGUGGAUUUAAAAUGAAGACAAACCCCAUAAACUGUGACUGUUGGCCCUGCAGAUGAAGGUGGAGGGCCUCCAGGACGACAGGGAGUCUGGCUCUGUGUCCACAGCAGACCAGACCUCCGGCGGGACGGCGUGCGGGUCCGCCUCGGCCGAGUGCUGCAUGUCGCGGCUGCUGAGCGCCGUGGAGAGCGAGCUGCAGGCCGGCAGGGAGAAGGGCGACCCGACGGAGAGGGAGCUGAGGGUGACGCUGGAGGACGGCGAGCUGUGGAGGAAGUUCCAGCAGAUCACCAACGAGAUGAUCGUCACCAAGAACGGACGGAAGACUCAGCAUUGGCGAGGCGAGGGGCGGGUCCACGGCGGCAUCUACAUCCACCCGGAUUCGCCCAACUUCGGAGCGCACUGGAUGAAGGCGCCCGUGAGCUUCAACAAGGUCAAACUGACCAACAAGGUCAACGGAGGAGGACAGAUCAUGCUGAACUCCCUCCAUAAGUACGAGCCCCAGCUCCACAUCGUGUGCGUGGGCUCUCGCCACCGGCUGGUCUCCAACAUCUCCUUCAAGGAAACCCAGUUCAUUGCCGUCACCGCCUACCAGAAUGAAGAGAUCACAGCUCUAAAGAUCAAAUAUAACCCGUUCGCCAAAGCUUUUCUGGAUGCCAAAGAGAGGAACCCAGGGGGGCGGAGCUUAGUGGAGCCUUCAGAGGGUCGUGUGGGAAUCCAGCCCUGUUGGCCGUUGUGCCCUGGAGGAGGCGGAGCUUUCCCAUACGCCAGCAGCCUCCCUCUGGCGUCGCAUCAUCACCACGGUUACAAACACCACGGUUACCCCGGGAGACACACGCCGUACACCCCGUACCUGCCACACCGCACUCACUCCUCAGUGUGCCUGUCUGAAGGUGUUCAGAUGUUGGCAGACGGCUGGAGCAGCUCCUCCCCUCGCCCCGCCUCCACCUCCUCACCUUCAUCCUCCUCCUCAUCCCUCCCCCAGACCAGCAAUGCUCCCUCCUCACAGCCUCCUCCCCACAACUCCAGUCAGUUUCCGUGUCUCUGGACGGUGGGAUGCAGUGAGCUGAGCCCCUCCCACUCGCCGUGCACCCCUCUGCAUGGACCCAUCAGCAGCGAAAACCCACCAAGCCACGGCAGAGCGACUGCAGCCGUGUGGCCCCCCGGCCCCACCCAUCCUUUCUGAGACGAAAUAUCAUAAAACAUGAAAGCUGGAACCAGUGAAAAUCUUGAAUUGAUGUUUGUUGUUAUUUAUAAAUACUUGGUGUGUCUUUUGGUGAUCACUGUCUCUGGACACCAGCAGGUCUGGAGGUUUCUGGCUGCUUCUGAAGUGGUCCGAAGGGCCCACUAAACUUCACAUUGACAUACUUUUCUGUUUUUGAAGCUUUGUAAACACUGUUUAUUUGGCACUCUUGCUGUGGAGGGGAGGAUAUGACUAUAUUUAAAUGUCUUUAUGUUGUUUCAGGUAAUAAAUGUUUAUUGUCA